AUGAAAAACAAUAACAUACUAACCAAACAGCAAGCAAGCAACCAGACACAGAAAACCAAACCAGUUAAACGAGCAACCAAACACAACCAAACACGGAGAGCCAAGCAACCAGACAGCCAAACAGCAAUCAACCAAGUAACCAAACAAACAACCAGUCAACCAAACAGCAACCAACCACACAACCAAGCAACCCGUCGACCAACCAGGCAACCCGUCAACCACCCAGGCAACCCGUCGACCAACCAGGCAACCCGUCGACCAACCAGGCAACCCGUCGACCAACCAGGCAACCCGUCGACCAACCAGGCAACCCGUCGACCGAACAGCAACCCGCGACCCAAACCCGAGCCGCGACCCAACCCGGGAACCCCUUUGACCAAACCAAGCAACCCGUCGACCCAAACCCCCAACCCCCGACGAACAGCAACCGCGAUAACCAGGGAACCCCCGACCAACCGACAACCCCCGACCCCCAGGCAACCCGCGACCAACCCGGGAACCCGCGACAAAACCCGGCAACCCCCGACCAACCAGGGAAAACCGCGACCAACCAGGCAACCCGUCAACCGAACAGCAACCCGUCGACCAACCAGGCAGCCCGACCCAAACCCGGCAAAACCCUGA